GCAGUGGGCGAAGUGGUCGGCUGACAACGCUGUGAAGAGAAUCUCGGACGAGCUGGGGCGGGUGCGAGCUCGCCAGGAGGCCGCCGAGAAGGCCCUGGACGCCAUCAUCGGAGAUGGCGAGGUGGCCCAGAGGCUGCAGGGCGUGGACAUUCGGGCGGCGGGAGCCGCGGAGCUGCGCCGUGCGGAGCGGGAACCCCAGCUCGAGCGGCGGGCGGCGGCCGGAGGCGGCUUGCGGGCGCAGGCGCCCGUGUUCGUUCCACUCGGCCUGCUCGGCGCGGACGGCCUGACCUUCGACGGCUCGGAGGUGCCGCCAGCCGACGGCGACAACGGCGGGCUGGUCGUGCAGAUCGCGGAGGUUCCUGCGGCCGUGUGCGCUGCGGACCUGGAGGCCCUCCUCCGCGGCGCCCAGGAGCGGCUGGAUUCGGCGGCGCUCGCGAUCGCUGGAUCAGGGGGCCGUGGAUUGGACGACGGCUCCGAGGCGCAGCGCGCCGAGCUCGCGGCGGCCGCCGACCGCCUCGUCGAGCUCGAAGCGCAGCUCGCCGCGUUCGCCGCGGUGCAGGCGCCGACGGCUGUCGGGCGGUUUCCCGCCGAGCUCGGCCUCGCCGACGGCGACGGCGGCGACGUGCAUGGCCGUGCAGGUGCAGCUGACCGCCGCCCUCCUGGCCCAUGGGCGGACAGGGUCGUGGGCUGCGAGUUCGGCCCCGCGGGC